AUGUUCUAUGUUGGCAAUUUAAGUUUAUAUCAGCAGCUAUGUCUGUGUACUGGUACUUUAAAAUCAGUCUAUUUUAAAAUUUUGCAUACAUUCUUUAACUUCGAAUGUCAGACGUUUUUAUUAAUUGUUAAUUAUACAAUAUUUUAAUGCAAAAUUCAUAUGAAUAUUUUUUUAUGAAUCGUUUAACUUUUCUAGUCAUAAGGUAACAAGUAAUCAUGCAUAGUCAUAUGUGUAUGAUGAGAGUUACAAAAAAACUCAUUUCUGGUUUAAGUUUUGUACCAGUACAUGUUAUGCUGCUUAGCCAUAAGUUGUGCCACAGAUGGAGCAACAUUUUCUACUAGAAUAUUCUAUUUAAUGAUGGAGCUGUUAACCAUAUUACAAUUUAAUUUACUGCAAAAGGGAAGAGUAUAUAUUUCAACUAACAUUGUUAAUAAAUUUGAACAACAAAGCGGAAUUAAAGUUGCAAAAGCAAACUUGUCAUAUAAUUGCGUGCAUAUUAAUAAAGUAUUAAGACAGUGCAAAUUUUUAUAUAUAAAUUUGUAACACUUUUAUAUAAUUUAUAUCUUAAUUUUUAAAACAUGUAGAAACUAAGAGUACAAUAAAUGGAAAAUUAAAAUAAAUGUUUUUAUAAACAUAAUAAAUGUGUGUGUGUGCUGUGCACGCGCACGCGUGUGUGUGUGUGUGUGUGUGUAAUAGACGACUUAGUUAAUUUAUUUUUAUAAUUCUACAACACGUUUUAAAUUUAAAUAUAUACCUUUUCAAUUUAAUAUUAUUUAAAGUUAAGAAUUUACAGAACAAAAUCUAAAUUGAAAUAAUCAUUUUUUUAAAUUCAACGAUAAAUUUUAGAACAGUGAACUUCCUGAUUGGUUCAUUUGUGAGUGUGUGAGUGAGAAUUACCAAUGAAAAUGUAUCUAGGUACGCGAUAUAUAGAGUGUCCCAGGUAUCAAUUGUCAAAGUUUGGCAGUUGUUUUAACCAAAAAUGUUACAUGUACGCCAUAUAGCAGCUCGAUGUGUCCUCAUCUUCAAAAUGUGAAAGGAAAUGUAACAUAAGCUAUAAGUAAUAUACUGAAACUACGUAACUUUCGAUGAUUAUCAUUUACUUCAAAUUAUUUUUUUCAUAGUGAUUGA